AUGUUUAACGAACUGCUUGGCGCGCUGUUGAAAUCAUGUAAUUGUCUUUAUACUGGUGUAGCUGACCUUCUUCUAGGCGACACAGAGAUACUAAAGAACACCGAAUCUGACUGGAGGGAAUGUCACAAGAGCGAGAGGGAUAUCAACGAGAAAUGUGUUCCUAUUGGCUGCCGUACUAGGGACAACCUACUGAGUCUCGGGAUCCGUUCCUCGAGUUUACACUUCCUAACUUCCCCAGAAUCUGUGAAGGUUGCUUUACUUUCAAGGAUCUUGUUUCCUGAAUCCAGGAUGGGACUCUUUAUAGGCCCUACGGUGGCGAUAGGCCUCCUUGCUCUGUGCGUCGCCUCGUCCUUCGAGAUUCAAGAAGGAUGCAGAGUGCGAGAACUCAUCGAGGAAAACGAAUUCUUGUUUGACUCUUUGGACUUCUUGGCCGUCUUCCCUCGCAGUCAGAGGGAACUGAAGGUACUUGUAAAGUGCCGCGAGAGAAGUGAUCUCAUCCACAUCAAUUCAGACAACAUAACAUGGACCAAGAAGCAGAUGGGGAAGCAAACAACAGAGUCUGCUAGCAUUCCUCUCGCACAUAGCAUCACGGGCUGGGAAAGAUUCACCCUCUCCUUGAAGGACAAAUUAACCCUCAAGGAUAGACAGAACAACUCAUGGGCGCCAUUCGACAUUCCCCUUUCAUGCCAUCCACAGGAUGUCUCCAUCAUAGGCAAGCACCUCACUCGCCAGUGCUCGCCCCAAACGCCCACGUGGGUGGUCAAGGACAAGAAGGUCGACAUUCCUCUCUUCAAUGGAAGCGAGGGAGUAAGGGAGGCCCUGACGCUGUUCUCCUUGCUGCCCUUUGGCCCUACCUUCAGCAUCUGCGACACAAGCUUCUCUUUGGGACUCCGUAACCAAAAGCUGGUGACAGGAUCCGAACCCUUGGAAGGCUCCACAUUCAGCCUUUCCCUCAGUGUACUCCCUGAUAACACGUUAAAGGUGGAGAACGAGGGAGAGCUGUUGGUUUCGAACAGCCUGAAGGCGACGCCCGAGAGCAUGGGGAUUCUAGGCCGCGAAGGAGAUAGAUUCGUGGUGGUGCAGCAUCUUCUGCCUCGACGCUUCGUCGAUGAGACUGAGGACGUGGGACAUCCUGAUGAGAAGAAGGAAGAUCAGUGCCAGAAACUAGAUGUCAUUACUUGGACUCUCGCCGGCAGCCUGGCCUUCGCGGUGGCAAUCGUCGUCGUCCUUCUCAUUCUCCUCCACGUGUCCAGUCGAGAGAACAAGGCAAGAAUUUUACUUGCUGAUGUAUUUGAAUAUUCACACACACACACACACACAAGAACACACACACACACACGCACACACACACACGCACACACACACACACACACACACACACAUAUAUAUAUACGAUUAUCUAUCUAUCUAUUUAUAUAUACACGAUUAUCUAGUAGCAGAUAUUCUAUAAGAACAAGAGAUGAUUCAGGUCUCGGGAGGGGGUCAAACUGUGCAGGUCUAGGGAAGGCUUUACUGACCAGCAUUUAGGAAAUCAGGCAAAUUUCUAAUCAAAACAGCUUCUAAAACAUUUCUUUCGUAAGAAUUCGGAGAUUCAUGAAUUAGUUUAACUUCUUUACAGUUAGGCUGAUGGCCUUCAUCACGUAGGUGGAUAAAACACGCAUUAGAUUCUCUAGUAUACAUCACGUUUAUGUUAAUUUACUCUCCUUCCCAUGAUGAUUAUGAGGAUGACGAU